AUGGCCGCUCCCCGACUUUUCCGCCCAGCAUCCCGGCUGCUUUCUUCGCGCCUUGCCUCCACCCCUCUCCGUCCGGCUUUCGUCCAGUCCGCUUGCGCCCAAACUGCCCUGCGCACCCGGGGCUAUGCCACUGAGGGUGGUGUGAAGGAGGUCACUGUCCGUGAUGCUCUGAACGAGGCUCUUGCCGAGGAGUUGGAGAGCAACCAGAAGACCUUCAUUCUGGGUGAGGAGGUUGCACAGUAUAACGGAGCAUACAAGGUGACACGAGGUCUCCUGGACCGGUUUGGCCCGAAGCGGGUUAUUGAUACUCCCAUUACUGAGGCUGGUUUCUGUGGCCUGGCUGUCGGUGCUGCUCUGGCUGGUCUGCACCCUAUCUGCGAGUUCAUGACCUUCAACUUCGCCAUGCAGGCUAUCGAUCAGAUCAUUAACUCCGGUGCUAAGACUCACUACAUGUCCGGUGGUAUCCAGCCUUGCAAUGUUACUUUCCGUGGUCCCAACGGCUUUGCCGCCGGCGUUGCUGCUCAGCACUCCCAGGAUUUCUCCGCCUGGUACGGCAGCAUUCCCGGCCUGAAGGUUGUCUCCCCCUGGAGCUCCGAGGAUGCCAAGGGUCUUUUGAAGGCUGCCAUCCGCGACCCCAACCCCGUCGUGGUUCUGGAGAACGAGCUUCUUUACGGCCAGGCUUUCCCGAUGAGCGAGGCCGCCCAGAAGAGCGACUUCGUCCUGCCCAUUGGCAAGGCCAAGAUUGAGCGUCCCGGCAAGGACCUGACCAUCGUCUCUCUCUCCCGCUGUGUCGGUCAGUCCCUCACUGCCGCUGCCGAGCUCAAGCAGAAGUACGGCGUCGAGGCUGAGGUCAUCAACCUCCGCUCCAUCAAGCCCCUCGAUGUUGAGACCAUCAUUGCCUCGCUCAAGAAGACUGGCCGCCUGAUGGUCGUCGAGUCCGGCUACCCCAUGUUCGGUGUCUCCUCCGAAAUCCUGGCUCUGUCCAUGGAGUACGGCUUCGACUACCUGACCGCUCCCGCUGCCCGUGUCACCGGUGCUGAGGUUCCCACCCCUUACGCUGUUGGCCUGGAGAACAUGAGCUUCCCCCAGGAGGAUACCAUUGUCAGCCAAGCCGCUAAGGUGCUGCGCCUGUAA